GUCGGGGUUACAUGGCGGCGACUGCGGCAAAGCGAGAGCCUUGGAGACGCCGCUGCCGCCAACACCGCCGGAGACCGGAGCCGACCUUAGGGGCUGUCCGCGGGCCCUGCACUGCCUCGAUGAGUCGGAGAAGUCCCGUUGUCACAGAGUAAGAUGGAUGGUAGCUUUGAUUGUGAUUGUGGUGAGCUGGAGCCACCUGAUCACUAACAAAAGACAUCUUCUGUAAACCAACAGCUGCCAGAGCUUUCUAUUCAAAUAAACAGUAAACAAACAAGGAGGAAAAGAAACAAAACUAACAUAGUGCUUACUGGCACCCUAGAAAUGAUGCUGCUCAGGACCAGUCCAACACUGAAUGUAUCUGCACUGUGAGGAGAAUGUUCAGAGAAGCCUAUCGUGUGCAUAUUUAUUCACUUUUUUGUUAAAUGUUAACUCGUUUAGCACAGUAAAGCUGAGUGCAUAGUAUGUCAUUUCAUUCCGUUUGAGUUUCUUGAGUGUUUUCUUUAAAUGUCUGCAGAGUUGCUGCCCCUAUCUUGAGCUAUGGAUACUGCAAUCUUUCUAAUUCUCAGUAUGAGUUAGAGCUUACAAGCUGUAAAUUUAAAGGGAACUCAACAGGCCUGGUUGGCACAUGCGAUGAGUAUCAAGAAACCAUCUUGCAGUGGAAGCAGAAUUAUUUUUCUCCCUUUUUGAAAGAUCUUUCUUUUUGAUGCCAGUUUCCUUCCGUGUUUACACAAGUUCAUCAUUUUGAAAGGAAAAAUAAUAUUAAGUUUUAAAAUGGCAGAAAAGUUUGAAAGUCUCAUGAACAUUCAUGGUUUUGAUCUGGGCUCUCGGUAUAUGGACUUAAAACCGCUGGGUUGUGGUGGCAAUGGCUUAGUUUUUUCUGCUGUCGAUAAUGACUGUGACAAAAGAGUGGCUGUCAAGAAAAUUGUUCUUACAGAUCCCCAGAGUGUUAAACAUGCUUUACGCGAAAUCAAAAUUAUUAGAAGACUCGACCAUGAUAACAUUGUGAAAGUAUUUGAAAUUCUUGGUCCCAGUGGAAGCCAGUUAACAGAUGAUGUGGGCUCUCUGACAGAACUGAACAGUGUUUACAUUGUUCAGGAGUACAUGGAGACAGACUUGGCUAAUCUGCUAGAGCAGGGCCCUUUAUUGGAGGAGCAUGCCAGGCUUUUCAUGUAUCAGCUGCUACGUGGGCUCAAGUAUAUUCAUUCUGCAAAUGUACUGCACAGAGAUCUCAAACCAGCUAAUCUUUUCAUUAAUACCGAAGACUUGGUGCUGAAGAUAGGUGACUUUGGUCUUGCCCGGAUCAUGGAUCCCCAUUAUUCCCACAAGGGUCAUCUUUCUGAAGGAUUGGUUACUAAAUGGUACAGAUCUCCACGACUUUUACUUUCUCCUAAUAACUAUACUAAAGCCAUUGAUAUGUGGGCUGCAGGAUGCAUCUUUGCUGAAAUGCUGACUGGGAAAACCCUCUUUGCAGGUGCACAUGAACUUGAACAGAUGCAACUGAUUUUAGAAUCUAUUCCUGUUGUACAUGAGGAAGAUCGUCAGGAGCUUCUCAGUGUAAUCCCAGUUUACAUAAAAAAUGAUAUGACUGAGCCACACAAACCCUUAACUCAGCUGCUUCCAGGAAUUAGUCGUGAAGAGGCCUAUUUUUCCUCUCUUUUUCAGGGACUUGUCAGGUGUCCAAGACUGAAUAAAGGAAAUUCUAGUACUUGUCAAAAGAUAUAUCACACUCAUCCCACCCCCAUCCCAGGACAACUGAAUGAAAAUAUUCAUACCUAUUGUAGAAUGCUUAAAACUUGAGAUGAGAUUUAACGUAAAAUCAAGGACUAGAAAUAUCAGGACCUACCAUAAAGAAACGAAGGGUGUAAAUACCCUGACAGAAGCUGUUGAAUUUGUAAUAGCAUGUAUUUCUGGAUUUCAAAUGUAAGAUGUGCUUGUUCUUAUAAAGUUAUCCAUUUUCUAGAGUCUUUUGAAUGACAACUAUUAGCCUUUCAAGGGGAUACCACUCCUCUAGAUAAUAGGAAGAAAUGCUGGGAAAAGAGGGAUGCCAAAUUUAGCAUAGAAAAUGUGACAGACACUGAUAGCUUUGGCUGCUUUGAAAGUUCAAAGUCUUGGCUUGGCUCUCUCCAAAAUAUUAAGAUGACAAGAACAUCCAUCUGCAAUCUAUCAGAAGUCUCUAGUAAUUGAACUCCGACUUACAGAGCUGCUGACUAAUUCUUGUUUCAAAAAUCUGCCUUUACAUCUGAAGAAUGAGAUGUGACUAUGAGUGGCAUCAACAGUGUUAUGAAAUUUGCAAAGAAACAAUGUCCAAUUGUAUUAAGUUUGAGUUCCCUUCUCCAUUUUUAUCCAUAAAAAUCAAAGGAGGUACCAUGUAUAUACAGUUUAUUUAAGGUAAUUUAGACUUAGUUUUUUAAAUUUAAACAAUGUAAAAGUUUUUUAUAUUCUUUAUUGGUUCUUUAGAUAUAUUGUACCUAUCUUCACUUCAAAUCAUUUACCCCAUAACAUGACACUAAAUGGAUUUCUUUCAUUUUGAGGGAAUUUGACUUUGCUAGGCAACCAUUCCAAUACAUUUGCCCCAGUCUUUAUAUUAUAAUUAAAGAUAGCCAUAGAAAAGUUUCUGGAAAUAAGUGAACUUAAUAGUAGACUAUGUGUACAUGUUAGUGCUGAAUAAGUAAGUUUGUUUGUUAGUGCCUAUAUUUCUGCUUGCAAAGCAAAAAAGAAAAAGAAAACCUAAGCACUGAUUUUUUUCUUUAAAAAUUUGUAUAUAUGUUAUAUUUAUACAUAUAUAUAAUGUGUGUGCAUAUAUACACACAUGUAUGUAUGUAUAUAGUUUUGAUGUCACUUUUUGAUAGUGUGUAUCCUUUCCAGUUCCCCAUCUCAAAGAUGAAACAAAAGAAAAGAGGGAUGGGGAGACUGUUAAAUCAACACAGAGCUAAUAUAUGUGUAGUGUUCUCUCAUAGCCUAUUAUCUCUGAAAAGAAAGGAGGGGUAUAUUUUCUAAUGUUUUUCCUUAAGGCCAACUUAGUUAUUAUGCAUAUUGAUUUGUUGAUUUCUGUUUAGGUUGUCAUAUUGUAUGUUAUUUUCCUGGUUGUUUUUUUCCACUCUAUAUAUCAGUUUAUAUUUCUCUGUAUUCAUAUUUUUCCUUACAUUGCAUUAAUAUUCCAUUAUAUUCAUGUACCACAGUUUAUUUAGCCAUUCCUCAGUUGACGAGUAUCAACUUUGUUUCUAUGAACAAUACUAUUAUGGAUAUUUUGGUGUAUAUGGGACUUUUUUCUUUUUUUGACCUCUUUGGGAUAUAUACCUACCAAACAUUUUAAAAACAAUUACUCAAUAUCAUCAGUGCUAUAUGUUUUAAUUAAGCAAUAUGAAAAGAAAAAGGAAAAAAUAUUUUAAUUGAUUCUCUGUCCAAAGGUAAUUUUUCAUUAUCCUACCAUUAUUAGCUUGAUUUUGCAUCUUUUCAUGCUGACCAGUAAAAUGCUAGGACAUAACUGAUUUUUUAUUGGAGCUUUCCUUAGUUGGUGGGGAGAGUUGGAUAUCAUUUUUAGGGAGUAAAUUGGGAUGCCAUAAAUAGAUUUGUGUUAAGCUUCAGUUGAUUAGAGAGGUCACAUAAUACAGAUUCGCCUUAUUCUAAGCAUAGCGUAAUAUAAGAAGCACUGGAAUAGUGACUAGAAGCAUUGGAUUCUAACUCAUGGAUUGGAGUCAUUAUAAAAGAGGGAAUCCUGAGGUCUAAAUGACAUCAUCUACGUUAGCUGGGAUGAAGAUAUGUACAUUCAUUCCUAUAUGCAAUGCAGAAGUGAGAUAAGGGAGGUAAUGUGAUGUAGGGAAUAGAAUGCUCUAGAUUUGGAAUCAGAAAGAACCAAGUUAAAAUCCUUCCUGAAACACUAGCCAUGUAUCCCUGGACAAGUCACUUAAUGUCUUCAGGACUCAAUUUUCUCAUCUAUAAAAUGGAUCAGAGAAUAGACUCAAAAGAUCUUUAAGGUUCCUUCUAGUUACAAAUGUAUGAUUCUGUGAUUUUGUAGCUUAAAAUCUAUGGCUAUAUGUUUACUGAGUAAUCAUUUAUUUAUAAACAGUUAUCUCUGGUAGGACCAGAGUAAUUUGUAGAUGUCCUAUAAUGGAGAUACAUUUUUGGUUUCAUCUUUUCUGAGCUAUCUAACCUUAAAACCAGUUGUGCUGGUUAAAAAGUGGGUGGUGCAGCACUUAUCAGAUUGGCUAUUAUGACAGAAAAGAAAAAUAACAAAACUCGGAAGGGAUAUGGGAAAGCUGAGACACAUUGAGCAUUAUUGGGAGAGUUGUGAACUGAUUCAGCCAUUUAGGAGAGCAAUUUGUACCUAAGCCCAAAGGACUAUAAAACAUUACAUAUCCUUUAAACCCAGCAAAACCAUUACUAAGUGUGUAUCCCAGAGAUAAAACAAACUAAAAGGGGAAGGACACAUGUGUACAAAAAUAUUUAAAGCAACUCUUUUUAGGGGGAUGAAGAUUUGGAAAGUGAGGGGGCACCCAUUUAAUUGGGAAAUGGCUGAGUGAGUUAUAGUAUAUAAUUGUAAUGGAAUAUUAUUGUGCUAUUAGAAAUGACAAGCAGAAGGAGCACAGAAAAACCUGGAAAGAUUUACAUGAAUUGAAGCAGAGUGAAAUAAGCAGAACCAAGAGAACAUUGUACAGUGAAUGACAGGAAUACUUUACAAUGAACAACUGUGAAUGACAGCUAUUUUUAGCAAUUCAGUGAUCCAAAACUAUCCUAAGGGACUUGCAAUAAAAAAUGUUGUCUGAAUCCAGACCAAAGCAAAUAUUUUUUACUUUUUAAUUCUUUUUCUGAGUCUCCUUCCACAAAAGGAUUAAUAUGGGAAAACAUUUUACAUUAUUGCACAUAUAAAAUCUAUUUGAGAUUACUUACCAUUUUAAAGGAACUCUUAUUCUUUGAAAAAUGUUACAUGUUUUUUACAUUUAAUUGGGGAAAAAAUUAAAUCAAAAGUGGUGGUUCAGGUCUAUUCAGUUUUGCAUAGUGUAAUGAUUUGAUACUAAUGUUGGGUUUCUAGAGGUGGAAGAGAAGCAAAUAAAUGCUUUUUUAAAAAAAAUGUAGUGUUCAUUUGUCUAUAUAGCUGAUUGCCAGUCCUUUUGUUUGUCAAGUUAUCUUUGAAAAUUGAGCUUGUUACUUUGUAUUCUAGAAGGUUACUGUGGAGGAUUUUCAAUAGUAGGUAGAUGCUUUGAGUCCAAAAGUGGCCAUUGAGUAUUCUUCAUUUUGUAAUGAAGGGAAAGGUGGUAUCAAUUUUUAACGGUCUGGUGAAGACUAUUUGGAGGGGGUUUGUUUUGUUUGGAAUGUUUAUGACAGGCCUAAAACAUUGUGUUACAGUUUUCAAGUAUGGUUGUGGGGUCUGUAUUUGGAAAUUUAGUUAAAGACAUUAACUAUGGUCAUUGUUCAAGCAAAUCACCCAAACAUGCUCAAUCAAGUUACAGAUUAUUAAUUUAAUAUUAACUGUCUUUUGAAAUUUCUUGUUCUAAUGAGUCAACAAAGUGGGCGCUGGGAGUUAGUGCAGUAAGCAGUGAAUCAUCCUUCUUGGGCUGGAUAUAUACGUGCCAUUUUCCAGAGGCGUGUUCUCCCCUUUCAGCUCUCCCAUUCAAUCUCUUGAACUCACAACAGGCAUUUUUUUUUUUAUUUGUGGAUGAUCCAUUCAGUUUCUGAUGGCUGAGUUCUUUUAGAAAGAUGACCCUACUAUAGCAAGCCCAGGAGGAUGUUUCUGGUCAGAUAACAUUUAGAGGUGAAGCUCUUCAAUGAGGGUAUUUGGACAGGGGAGGUUUCAUAACCAGUAUGAUAAGAUUGGGUAGCUUUAGAUAAGUAAUAAAGUUUGGUUAUGGUUUCUCAUCUUGUUAAAAAAAAGUAGCAAUUGAUUUUAUUGAGAAAUCUUUGAAGGCAAAAGAAUCAUUUAGUAUUAGUGGAUCCAGUUAGGCCCAUACAAAUAGAUAAGAAUGAGAGUGAGCAGAGAUUUAGAGUUUGGGGGGUGAUUUUGUGUGCUUUAUGUAAUUGUUUUAAUAAUUGGAACACUUAAAGAUUGACAGACUUCACCUGCCUCUAGAAAACAAGAACAACGAAAAAUGACAGAAAAAUUAAAUGUAUUACUUAUAUAGAUCUUAAUUCAGUGUGUUGCUUGUGGAAAACAUUCAAUACAAAGAGAUAGUUUAGAAUUAAAAGAUUCAAUAAAAAUGCAUUUGAAAGUUAAGGGUAAAAAACAAAUUUAUUAGGAGAUGGGGGGGGU